UGCCCCCCAAAAUCCGCAUCGUCCCCUCGGCGCCGGGGAACGCCCAGAGCCCCCUUGUCCUGACGUGCCACGUGUGGGGCUUUUACCCCCCCGAGCUGAGCCUGGCCUGGCUCAGGAACGGGGUGGUCCUGGAGCCCCAGGGCCCCCCCGGGUCCCCCCCGAUUGUCCCCAUGGGGGACUGGAGCUACAGGAGCGAGGGGACCCUCGAGGUCACCCCCGAGCCCGGGGACACCUUCACGUGCUCGGUGCAGCACCCGAGCCUCGAGCAGCCCCUCCUGGAGGACUGGGCUCCAGGCCUGUCCCCACGG